AUGGCGAAGUUAUCACAGAAAAACCAGAAGAACAAUGCAAACAAUGCGGCUAAUGGUACUACUACUAAUACCAAUUCCGUGACAAAGGUGAAGAGAACCAGGAAAACUGUUGCUAGAGACUCCCCUCCUCAACGUAGUUCCAUUUAUCGAGGAGUCACAAGGCAUCGUUGGACGGGCAGAUACGAGGCUCAUUUGUGGGAUAAGAAUUGUUGGAAUGAAUCACAAAACAAGAAAGGAAGACAAGUCUAUCUUGGUGCCUAUACUGAUGAAGAAGUGGCUGCACAUGCUUACGACUUGGCCGCAUUGAAAUACUGGGGUCAAGAUACCAUUCUCAAUUUUCCGCUAUCAACCUACCAAAAAGAGCUGAAAGAAAUGGAGGGUCAGUCCAGAGAGGAGUAUAUCGGAUCAUUAAGAAGGAAAAGCAGUGGUUUUUCUCGAGGAGUUUCAAAAUAUAGAGGAGUUGCAAGGCAUCAUCACAAUGGAAGAUGGGAAGCUCGGAUUGGCAGAGUUUUUGGUAACAAAUACCUCUAUCUUGGGACAUAUGCUACCCAAGAAGAGGCAGCAAUCGCAUACGACAUGGCAGCAAUUGAAUACCGGGGACUUAAUGCUGUCACAAACUUCGAUCUUAGUCGUUACAUAAAAUGGCUAAGACCAGAUCAAAGCAACACUACUCAGCCUAACAACGUCGAUGUAAUUGACACUACUUUGACUACUCCAAACCCAAAUCACGAUCCUCCUCCAUCUACCUUCCUCCACCACCACCAACAACAGCCUUCUGACAGCGGCGAUGCCACCGUGACAGCUCAGUCUCGGCCAGUGGCUGCAACUUCAGCACUUGGACUCUUACUUCAGUCAUCAAAGUUCAAGGAGAUGAUGGAGAUGACUACGGCGGCCGAGGGACCGUUGACGCCACCGGAAUCUGACCCACCGCGGUGUAGCUUCCCGGAUGAUAUACAAACGUACUUUGAGUCACAGGAUUUGGGGAGCUAUGACGAGGGUGGUGAUGCUAUCUUUGGGGAGCUCAACUCGUUCAUGCAACCAAUGUUGCAGUAUGACUUUGACGGAAUAGAUUCAUCACUGUAAUUAAUUAAUUUGUACAAUUAAUUAUUUAUGCGCCUGACAACAACGUCAACAAUGGGUAUGUAAAUAAAUUCUUUGGGGAGGUCAUGUCCACUCUAGACUAUUGGGAGAGAAUUUGACUAUGUCAGAUUUAUUUAUUUAUUUUUGUAUGAUCAAAUUGGGAUUUGUUAUUCACUAUUUUUUUUUUUCUAUAAAUAAUAACUCUGAUUUGUUUUAUUUACUUUCUUUUUUAUAAAUAUCCUCUGUCUCUCACUCUCACUCUCACAUACACACACUAUAGAGUAAUUAGUUAUUUUUUAUAUUAUAAAAAAUAAAAAAUAAUUAAUUUUGAUAAAACUACUCGUGCU